AGUUUGACUCUCCGGAUGUGAAGCGGAAGUGAGUGAGGAGUUCACAUCAUGAACACAAACGUUGAGCUCUGUUAAAAUGUUUUUAUAUCUUUUAUAGCGGUUUUUACUAUAUUUUUUUAAGCCAUGAAGAUAAACGAGAACACUUUAUUGGACGGAAACAAAGUCGUCUUGGUGCCUUACACGGAAGAGCACGUGCCAAGGUAACAACUGUAAUUGUGUGUGUGGUGAACUAACAGCUGUAGUUUGGCACGUGAGCAUCACAGUCCGGCCUCUUUAUAAAUUAAAGAAAACAAAAUUACUAUCAGAGAAAAAAAAAAUCAAAUAAAUAUCAGAGAAAAGUUUUAUUUAUAAACACGAAAAAAAAGACGGUACAAAAUAUGUAUUUUUUCAAAAUAAAAGCCCAGAUAGAAAUAAGGAUCUUAGUUUAAGUUUCAAUAUACUGUCUCCCAGAACGAUUCGUUUUAGUGAACUGAUUCCAGUGAUUCACUGGACUACAAUUAACAAUGAAAUCACCUCUUUUGAGAUAUUUUUCAAGUCAUUUGUGUUUUUCCAUUUGACCUCUUAACCCCAUAAAUCAGUCAGAGCUCUUAUUAUUCCUCUGCCUGUUUCUCCUCCUGUGUCAGGUAUCAUGAGUGGAUGAAGUCUCCUGAGCUGCAGCAGCUUACGGCCUCAGAGCCGCUGACCCUGGAGCAAGAGUACGACAUGGCGAGGAGCUGGAGGGAAGAUGAUGACAGUAAGGAGUUAUCAGUGUGAACACAAAAAUAACACUCCGGACCCCUGAGUUGUUUUCCAAUCUUGUUUCCAUUCUCAAUGUUUCAGAGUGCACCUUCAUCAUUUUGGACAAGCAGCGGUGGGCGGACAGCCGUGUGGAAGAGGAGCAAUGCAUGGUGGGAGAUGUCAACAUCUUCCUCACUGACCCCACAGACCCGUCUUUGGCUGAGCUGGAGAUCAUGAUCGCAGGUGGAGAACAACAACAUCAGAAAACAAUGUUAAUUUUUAACACAGUGUGUAGAUUUAAAUUGUGUGGGGUAUACUGCACUUCUAACAUAACUCUUCUAUUAUUAGAAAGUGGUGAUGGGGGUGUUAUAUUCCUCACAGUGUAGGAACUUCCUGAUGGGGUUUUCAUGCUUUAUCAUGUUUAAAUAGUAACUGCAGCUGUUACGUUAAACAUGUUCCUCAUCUUUUCAUUACAUUGUCUGAUCCUGACUCUCUAAAUCUCUUGUUUUCACAGAGCCCAGUUACAGAGGUAAGGGCAUUGGGAAAGAGGUGACCUGCAUGAUGAUGAGCUACGGUAAGAAACUUUUAUGAUCGAUCGAUAUCUAAAGUUACUUCCUGUCAUGUUCCGAAAUCUGUAGCACGGCUUAAGAUGUUUUUUUUUAAAUACAUUUUUCUAUACGAUGAAUUUGUUCACUAUCCAUCUUAAACAUUUUACUGGAAAAGAUAACUCUAGGAUUUUAAUUUUGACCUGCAUUAACCCUAGAUCACUGCCGCUAAAAUUAGUAACACCAUCACUAUCGCCGGGUGAUAAAUGGGUUUGGGAUCAGGGAAACGAAUAUGCCUUCAAAGAUGUCAAAGAUGAUGCUGAAGCGACCCAGGGACCCAUGAUACUCAGACAAACGCAACAUAAUGAAAAUCACGUAAACAUGUUUGGUCGGGUGAAAUCACCCGGCGAUUAUGUUCAAGGGUUAAACAGGAAGUAUGUAUGCAUUACAUUUACACACCCUGCUCAGUUCAAAGUGCUCAUUAGACUCAUUAUUAUAAAGGUUAUACAAACUAUAUGGAAAGACAGCAGUUUAAAUCAUCAAAACAAGCCGUUGAAAUAAAGGCAGCAGGAUUUUAAAUUCUAUCCUCUGACCGUCAGGGAGCCAGUGUAAAGACCUCAGAUCUGGACUGAUGUGGUCCAGAGCUUUCUGGUUGAUUUUCAAAGUAGUCAAGUCGACUGAAGAUGAAUGCAUGGACCAGUUUUUCGAGGUCCUGCUGGGACAUUAACCCUUUAAUCCUCUGCAUUCCUCAGGUAGUAGUAGGCUGACUUUGUAAUUGUCUUCAGAGCAUCAAACUCUGAUAUAGUUUGUGACCUUUUGUCUAGAUGUAGUACUGACUCCUCUGUAUUUGUCCGCCAGGAGUCACCAAACUCGGGGUGAAAAAGUUCCAGGUGAAAAUCGGGCUGGACAACGAGAUCAGCAUCGCCAUGUUCAAGAAACUCCACUUCCAGGAGGUGACGAUCACAUGACCUCAGUGUGCGAGAUGACUGGAUUUAAAGCUGAAUCUAACCGCCGUAUUGUGCGUCGUCUCCCGCAGGUGUCUGUGUGUAAGGUGUUCAAAGAGGUGACUCUGGAGCUGACGGUGGACGAGUCCGUCAGAAAGAGGCUGCUGGAGCACACGACCGACAUGAAGGAGAGGGACUACAGACAGAGCUGCAGCAGCAGACAGGGAGGACUCUCACCGUGAGGAGCACUCAUGUUCAGACUUCAUCUAUGGAGGAGAUCACUCUGCAUACACGAGAAGGAAGGAAACCAGGAUCCUGAAGCCGGCGUGUGUGUUUGAUAUCUGCGACUGUAGCAACAUUUCAUCACUCUUAUCAUGUGGUGUUAUUCCUAGAUAACAGACCGUUGUUAUCUAGGAAUAACAGACUGUUGCUAUGUUGAGUACGCUAGAGACACGGCUGUGAGUGAGCUGUGGUUCUGGAUAUCAUCUUGUUUACUCAGAGUUGUAACAUCAUUUCAGAGCAUAAAAACGGAGCACUUGUUGGGUGAGGAAAUUCCAUCUUUGAGAUCUAAGUGCAGAAAUCUGUUUCCAUUUGGCGGCACAUCUUCUACAAUUGCUCCAUAAUCUGAGUGAAGCUCAUCUCUGGUGCAUUUCAUCGAGCAGAAAUGUCUCAUGUUUCUUGUAAUUGCCACAUUAGUCCGCCUCAUUUCUCAUAAUGCUCUAGUUUACGGGCAGAAACAAAUGUAGGAGCUUAAUUGAACGCCUCUCAUAUGAAAAGGAAGUUCAUAAUUCUGCUCCUAUCCUCAUCAACCACAAUGUGCUGUUUCCUCCUCUUCCCAUUAUGUGAUUUCAGAACAUUUAGGGCUGAAAAAUGGGCAUUUAUACACAACUCCCAGUGUGUCAUCCAGCUGUAUAAAUCUAAAUAAGAGGAUUUGAUUUUUAGACUUUUUUUGUACAUCUAAAAAAGUAGAAUUAUCUUUUUAUUCAGGGUCUGGACUUUUGAAUAUCCCAACAGUGGACUGUGACUCUUACCUGCUGAGUUAUCGAGACCCGCUGCCGCUCACAACUACAGCGCCAGAGGGAUGAAAGAUUGGAGAGACGCAGUGAUUGUCCAGAACGAAGAAAUGUGAAGUAACUGGGUUUGAGUUAACGUUAACUUUUGGGUGUGUUUAUUUCUAAGCAUGUUUUUGUAAUUGACUCAUGCUGGUUUUGGAUCCAAAGUCUUAUCCCUGUGAUAAGAGAGCAGACCCAGAGAGUUAACAGUGCAUAUCUUGCAAUGCAUCGCCAUUUAUUGAGCAUGAACAAAAGCUGUAAAAGAGCAGCAAAGAGAGCUUUCUGCAAAAACACCCAAAAAACAAAUGAAAAUACGUUUUAAAUUCAACAGCCACCAGUGAAAGAACUUUAAAACAAGCCGGUCUCAUUUUUAGGGUGUGAAUUUGUUUUAUAAAUUAAUUUCGGCAGGAAAAAAAAGACGGUUGAGAUGUGCAAAUACCAGGAAUUAAAGCUGAAUUUAACAUCUGGUGCUGUGUCAGUGUUUUAAAGAGAAGCGUUAUAACCCUGCUUGUGUUAAGAUGACAGAUCACCUGAAAAAAACAAAACAUAUAAAACAAAUACUCAAAAUUUGCAUCUGUGUUCAUUUACUUUCUCAUUCACUUCUUUCAGUUCUGCGCAUUUUAAGGUACAGAGCGUCAAAAUGGUAAUAUUUGGCAGUAUUUAGUGACAGUUGGUGGUCAGAUCUAAACUGAAAUCCUCCUUUGCUCACCUCUCCUGUCUGCCUGUCUUGUUGCACGACAACAAUUCUUUGUCGUCUUCCAACUAUGUUUUACAUGCAGUCAAAAUGCACGUUACAGGUUUGUCCACUCUGUGCCACUGUAGCAACAUGGCAGCCUCUGGAGGGGGCCGCCUGAUGUCAAUUAUAAAAGUUUACAAAAUUGAAUCUACACUGAUAUAAACUUGCCCAAGUCUGUUGUUCGAAAACCUCUAAAAUGAUAAACUGUCUAAAUUAUGAUGGCCCUGACAAAAUGAAAUAUCUAAUUUUUUUCCUUUUAAUUCAUUUAAUCAAAGAAGAAGUCACUGAUAGUUUUUUGAUCAUUGGUGGAGUUUUAUCGUCCUUAAACCUGCUUUACAAGAUCCAUAUCAGCACUAUGACACCUGAUGGAAACUAAGGAAGUUGUACGCUUAAAAACUUAACGAGCAUUGAAAUGAUUGCUCUUAAGGAUGUCUUUUAAGUCCGGUUUAAUAUUCAGUCAUGUUCAGUUUUUAUCAGGAGGCUUCAUUUAUCAAUAUCUUUUAUUUCCACCAGGUCUGUUCAGAUAAAUACUCCACACUGUAUCUUUAAAAUCACAACUUUUAAACUCUUACAGGAGCUUCAUCCAUCCACCUCAGCCUGUUUAGUAUUUCAUGCACAGAAUAAUCUCAUUAACCCUUCUCUUCUCCUGUGUUAGGGUCUCUUCCAAUCAUGUGAGAUUUAGGAAAUUCUCAUUUUGCCUGGUUUUCCCUGCACAAAAAACAACGUCAGUAUAGAUGUCCAGAAGCCCUCAAUGAAAAAUAGUAUAAGCAAUAUUUUCAUGGAUAAUGAAGCCUAACAAGGUAACCUAGAGAUGAGAACCAAAUUGUGUGAUAGAGGAAUGUUUUUAGUGUAAUUUACAGCUGAUUUAAGACACAGGUCAAAACCAACCCAUAACAUGGUGGAUGCAUAGUAAAAGCUAACACAGGAGGAAUGUUAAAGUAGUUAUACUUUGAUAAAACAGCUGCUGCACACUCCGAGGGCAAAAGGACUGUGAGUUUAGUCCUUUUAGUUGUGAACAUUAGAGCCUUAGUGUCACCAGAUUGUUAAGGCGAAUAAAAAUAUUUCCUUUUUUGGAGUUUAAACAAAAUCUGAUGCCAUUUUUUUGCCUUUCUUGUUUCUUUCAAGACAGAUAAGAGCAGAAGGUUGAAGUUCAUGGAUCGGCGAGUGAGCAGAAAGAUCAUUAGCACCUUUAUUUCUGAGUCAGUAGAUCAUAACAGGACUGAUGGUUUCUGAUUUUUGUUUUGAAUAUCUUUGGCAUCUCUUUGCAGCAGAAAUAAAACACGCGUGUCGAUUAA